AAUAUGGCGGUUGUUUUUGUGCAUGCCUGGAGAGGUUAACAGCGAUUAAAGACGUUAGAAAAAGCUUAAAAUCUCAGAAAAGAGCCUUUUGAACAACAAAAGCCUUAAAAGAUGGCCAAUGAAGAAGAUGCCGCAAGUAUCAGACCGCCAGAACCGGUUACAAUUGUCGUGGUUCGAUGCAAAAAUCUGAAAGGUUCUAAAGGUGAUUCCUUGAAUUCCUUGGUGAGGCUUGAGUUUGGUACUAAUCUGCUCGGAGAAUCUCCAAAAGUUGAAGCAAACACAGAGACCCAUAGCACAGAAUACAACUUUAAUGCAUCAUUUGACUGUACAUUUGAAGAUGCUACUUUUCUGGACUCUAUAGCAUAUAAGCCUGUGAUAGUUACUGUUGUUGAGGUUCUUCCUAAAGACAAGAAGGGAAAGGAAGAAAAAAUAAAUAUUUUGGGCCAAUCCUGUAUUGAUUUGCUGCCACUUCUUCAUGGAGAGACCAAAUUCAGUGUUACCCAGUAUGUCCAUCCUGUCACUGUUCCAACUGAACCAGCCACAACUGAACAUAUUUUGCCUGAAAUUGAAGUGCAAGUUUCUGUAGCACAACCUCUUCUUACAGAAACACAGCUCCAUAACAGCAAUUUAUUGAGUGUCCAUCUGGACAGUGCAUUCUCUGUACCAGACUCCUGGCAGAUUCAGAUGGCUCAGCAGUUUAACUACACUGCCAGCUUGCCUGUUCCAAUAUCCACUGAGAAAGAGAGUACAAUAGUGUUAUCCAACGGACUGCUUCGUGCACCAGGCGAAAAGGAAACUACAAAUCAUCGGAAGUGGUCCGCUGCUCCGAGUGCCUCUGGCUCCUGUCUAUACAUUACUGACAGUAACAUCGAAAUUUUGCCGUUCGAGGACGAAGAUGGUGAUCUCAGAGAUAGAGAAGAUAUCGUUUUUCGUCAGGAAGCUAUGAAUGAGAAAAAUCACGUUACGUGGAACACAGAAAGACGCUGUUUCUUAAGUGCGGAGGCUGCUGAAAGUUUGCAGAACAAGAUCGCGCAGAAUCGUUACUGGCCCUUGGAAAUAAUGAGGACCCCAAUACAACAAGCCACGAAGACAAAAGGAAAACAGGGCUCGUUAGAAGAAGAUAUUCCCAUAUCAUUCCACGGAGUAGCUUAUGUUAACAUGGCGCCCUUACUCUACCCUGGGGUGAAAAGAAUAAGAGGAGCAUACCUUGUGAAGCCCUUCAUCGAGAAUGAAGUGUUUGAUAAGACCAAGCGCAAAGGUACACUGGCGGAAGAGGCUGCCAGAAUAGCCAGCGGAAUGAGCCGUACUCUCGCCUCAGCCAUGGCGCAGAAGGCCCCUCCACCCUCCAAACAAGGCAAAGCGGAUGCAAAAACAAAGCCAUCAGGUGCUGUUCUCAAACCGGACGUUUUAGCAGAAGGAGAGGGUAACGAGGCUAAAAAUCUUGAAGGACAGCAAUAUCUGGAGUCACGAACUUUUAUCACCUUGGAAUUUGUCCUCGACAAGCCGCUUGUUCCAAAACGGCCGCCAUCUUCGCUUGCAAGAAAAGUUGCAGAAUAUAUUCCUCCACGUCCAGUUUUUGCCCGGAAAACAGGAGGCUCCAAAAAGGCUGUGGAAGAUUUCCACGGUCAGUUGACCACUGUUGCAAAUUCCCUGCUCGAGGAAUUCAGGCAAAUGUACGGCGAUGAUUUGUUGAAGGGAAGUCUACCGCAGUCAAAUGAUGCCAUGGACCAGAGGAGGCAGAAGUUUCUGUACGAACUAAAUACAUCCGGAAAAUAUUUCGCUUUUAAAGAACAGUUAAAGAAUAGCGUCAUAAAGAUCGUGCGAGAGAAGUAUUUAAACACCACAGCUUUUACAGACAAGGAAAAACUACAAGCAUUCCUCAGCGAGUUGUAUGUGUUUUUAAUUGACCAGAUGCACGUGGCUCUGAACAAGUUCCUCACAGCAGAAGAAGCCCCAGAGGAACCACCGCCCGUCACGGACUCCGCCACUCUGAAACACUUCGCGAGAGAGGCUGAGGUGAACCAGAACUUUGAACUAGCAGCGAAAUAUUAUCAAGAGCGUUUGUCUCGUAACAAGAAUGAUCCUGAUCACUGGUUUGAUUAUGGAGCGUUUUGCUUGCUCAUUGGCGACUUUGGGAAGGCUGAGGAGUGUUUCAAGGAGACAGUAGCUAUUGCGCAGAAACACGUACCAGGUCUUCUGAUGCAUGGCUGCAUGUCUCUGAUGAAUGAGAAGUACGAAGAAGCCGAGACUUUCCUUGAAGCGGCAACAUGUGCUGAGAGCAAGAACGUCAUUGCGUGGACCAUGCUGGGUUUGUACUAUGACAGCAUUCAAAACGACAUCGGAGCUGAGCGUGCGUUUCUAGAAGCCAAUCGCUUAAAUGCGGCAACGUCGUCUUCUUCUGAGCUGAUAGCCCCAGUAGAUGUACCGGCCGAGGUUGAAGAUUCUGUUUCGGAGACUAUUGCCGACGAACCUGCUGGAGAAGGGGCUCCUGGAACUGCUGUGUCUGAGGACCAGAAACUGCCUGAGGUCCAUGUUGAUGAUGCACUACGUGAGGAGCCUGGGUCAGCGAGUGGAGAAACCACCGCCCAACCUUCCGCCCCGCCAACUGCAGCCCUCCCCCCAUCUGUAGUAAUCAGUUCUGCAACGCCUGUUGGGAAGCUUGGAGUGAAACCUCAGACCCAGUCUACAACACAAAUGACAUCCAAACAGAGCUCGCGUGUUCCAAGUCCUGCCGGCUCAAACCGCCAAUCACCUCCUCCGACGGAAACUGACCCUGUAGCGCCUGCAGAGGAGAAGUCAGCGGAGGUCAAGCCGAAUGAUAGUAUUUUCUUACAAGUGGCUGCUUUCUUGCUGGAAGUAAAUGCUCUACAGCUUACGGACGCGGCAUUGGCGCACGAGUUGGUGGCAGCCAACGGAGAGCCUGGAGCGAGAUACUAUGUGCUUCUUGGGAGGCUGAAGAUACAACAGAAAUCUUUCAUCGGGGCUGAGGAGAAUCUUAAACAAGCUGUCAUGUUGAAGCAUCAGAACCCAGAUGCUUGGGGCUUGAUGGGACACCUCUAUUAUUUGACAAGCCGCACUGAGGAAGCUCAGGACUGCUAUGAGAGAACACUGGCCUAUACAACCGAAGCCUCAGACAUGCACGCCAUCUAUUUGAGACUUGCCUCGAUUUACUUGGAGAAAGGAGAGUUUGAUAAAGCGAAGACAACCUUCUUGAAAGCCUGUAUUCGCUCGCCUUCCUGUGUUUCGUGGCUUGGAGUUGGAAUUGCGUGUUACAGGCUGGAAGAUUUGGCCGAAGCCGAAGACGCUCUUUCUGAAGCAAAUAUAUUAAACAACAAAGACGCAGAAGUAUGGGCUUAUCUGUCCUUGGUGUGUUUACAGACCGGUCGACAGCUGGAAGCCGAGCAGUCGUACAAGUACGCUCUGAAGUUAAAUCUACAAGACAAAAACCUGCUAGGAGAAAUUCAUCAAUUGCAACAAAAAGUCGGCUUUGGAAAUCCGAUGGUGGCCUAGAAUUUUUUUCAGUGCAGUUAGUUUGUUCCAUUUUCUGUACCAUUGACAUCUCCAUCGAAUGUUCUUUUCAAAAAAAAUUGUGGAAUGCGCAUAGCUUGUUGUUUUUAUGUACACACUUCCUUGUUUUGUUUGGCCUUUAUUUAUUUGUUUGUUUGUUUUUUAUGAUUAUUGUAAAAUGGAGCGAGAGAUGUUAUGAUUUGUAAUCUCUCUUUUUCCAGAGUAAGUGGAUUUGUACAGUUAACUCUGCGCUCUUUGCGCCAUUCUAAACAGUAACUUUUUAAAGUCGUGGAUGUGUCCUCCCAGCCUCGUGCAUGUGUGGUGUAUUUCAAGGGAUGUCAUUUAUUAAUAUCUUGUUAGAUCUCAAAUCUCGACUUGAAAGUGCUGUAAAAAUCCGUCUGAAACGUCUUCAAAAUAUGAAUGUAUGUGCUCAGUUCCAUUUUA